ACGAUCUUAACCCAUGCACCGCAUACAGCUAGUGCUAGUGAGUGUACGUACUUCGGCAAUGGCUGAAGUCCACCAUCUCCGCGAGUGUUUCUCUCCUCUGGUGGACACCAAGAACGCGGCGCUACCCGGAUUCACUGAGAGGCAAGACUACAAAGAGGCCAGGAAGAUAGCGCAGAUCACACUAUUCUCAAAGACACCUCUAACACCGUCCAACUGGAGGAGGGCAGCCCUGAACAGAGACCAGUUGAAGCAGCACGUUCGUUAUGGAGUAGAGCCUGAGAUGAGGAAGGAGAUGUGGCUGGGAGUGAUUGGAGUUGUUGAUACAGACUCUGUACUAUUUGCCAAAGCAUUCGGAGAACCUGUCGACGAUAUGGAGGUUGAAAACCGCUCAUUUGGUGUGCCCUUUGACCUUGAUCUCCUCCCGUUAUAUCACAUGAAGAAGCCCUCUUUUUCUCCGGCCAUUGAGAGAGUUUUAUCAGCCCUCUACUAUUCUCGACACGGUACUAUCAACCUUUGUCCUCUGGUGCCCGUCCUGGCCACGAUUAUGCUCCACUUUAUUGACGAAUGGGAAGUGUUUGCGAUGCUCACUCACCUCAUGUCUCGGACAGCAUGGUUGGAUCAGGGACAGUCCCAGCUAGCCGCCUCCGUCUCCACACUACAUCACCUACUACUCACACACGCUAAGCACUCCCUGGUGGUGUUGGAGCGCCUGAAGCCACCCUCCAUGAGUCAAGACACCUUCCUAAGAAAAUUACUCAAACACUGGUACCUCUGGCCAUUCUACAAGCAACCAUUCUGGGUCACUGUUCGUGUGGUGGAUAUGUACAUUGUAGAGGGCCCUAAGAUCUUCUACCGCCUUGCCAUAUCAGCAAUCAAGCUCUACACCAGUCUUGCACAAUCAGCAGCUGGUUCUGAUGUGGAGACUUGUGUGCAGGAGCUUCUCUGUCAACUCUCGAUUGCCCAGAAAGCUCAGUGGUUCCAUGAUGCAAUGACUAUUCAACGCUUGCCAUGGACCCCCAUUCUCACUCGCUGGGUACGCUCACAAGGGCUCACAACCACUGAUGGACCUGACGAUUCUUUAUCACCCCCUCCUAUAUAUAGACGACAUGUGACCCCUGACCUCUCCAGCGAGAUACUGACAACCAGUGAGCUAUGGACACAGGUGUGGGAGUGGCUUCCUGACUGGGUGACGAGUGAGAACCCAGUGUGUAUGUUCAGAGCAUCAAGAGAUGGUUACAACCUGCAUACACUCUAUCGUAAAUGUGAGGACUUGCCAACAAUUCUACUCGUUAUACGCACCACCAAAGAUCAGUUGUUUGGCUCCUUUAUUUCGACUGAGUUGAGGGAAAGGCAUGGAACCCAGUUCUUUGGUAAUGGUGAGACCUACCUGUUCUCGUUAACCCCGGCCCCCGUGGUGUAUCGGUGGACAGGGGAGACUGACCUCAUCCUACGAGGGAAUGACCAAGAGUUCCUCGUUGGAUCAGGAGGAGGGUUCUUUGGUCUGUGGGUUGAUGCAGAGCUCAAUGUUGGCGAGAGUAGGACGUGUUUGGCCUUUAAGAAUCAGCCCCUCACUGGAACUAAUGACACUCAGUUUGCAUGUGCAGCAGUCGAGGUCUAUGACUGCUCCUAGCUUGCUGCACUAUAAUUAUGUGUGUGUGUGUGUUCUUUUAUUGUUUCCAUGCUCUUUUACUAAUGUUUUUUUACGAAUAACAAAUGGAACUGACAAAAAACAUUGAACAUUCAAAAUGACAAAA